AUGGCGAAUUUAGAUGCUAGUGCAGUUGCUCCCGAAGAUCGCGUGCGGUUUUAUAAGCUCAAGGUACAGUCGGUAUUUGAACGCGUAAAAAAGCUACAAUCCAAGGUCGAUUCAGAUGCUCUUGCCGAUCACAGUGACAGCACUCUAAAUGUUCUACUGGAGCAUAUCGACAAGCUAAGCCACUCCUUUAGCAAGGCCCAUGAAAGUCUAGAGGAGCUCGACUUUACUGAGAUGUCCAGCAAUUUGCGCACUGACUUUGAUGAUUUAAUAAUGGUCAUGCAGUCAACAAUAAUGUCCGAAGUGCAAAGUCGUACUGCUCAAGUGCAUCAUAGUUCCACGUUUAGUCGUCCAAGUGACCCUCCUCGCGCAUCCGCUCCCAGAUUGCAGGCUGCACCUGCGUUGCCGCCAUUAAAGUUACCUACGUUCAGCGGUGGAUAUGCUAAUUGGGCUGAUUUCUACUCAAUGUUUUCUACAAUCAUUGAAAGUCGGCCAGAAAUCAGCAAUAUGGAAAGACUUCAGCACCUCCGGUCCUGCCUCGAUGGCGCAGCGUUGGAUACGGCCCACAUCGUAAAGAUCUUAGGUCUCAAAAGAGUAGAAAACGGAUCCAUAAUCAAGCUGCGUGAGCUAUCUGACAGCUUCAAUGUCCAUAUGCGUGCGCUCAGUAGUCUGGGCACAACAGAGCAGAUAGCCAGUGCCAUGAUUGCUCAGAUACUGCUACAGAAGCUUGAUGAGGCCUCACAAGCUAAAUGGGAAGAGAAAUUGGACAACUCAGAGACGGCUCUUCAGAUACCCAGAUAUGAAGAAGUCUCCUCAUUUCUUGAGCUUCGUUGCCGUACUUUGGAAUCGAUGAAAUUUGCUCUUACAAACUAUUCGUCAAGUAAGCCGAUGAAUUCUUGCAGUAAGGUUGCUACCAGUAGAUCAGCAUUUCUCGUAACCGGCCACAGUACUCACAGUUGCAAUUUUUGUAAUGAUCUUGAGCACACAAUCUACAAAUGCCCAAGAUUCGCAAACUUGUCUCCUAGUCUUCGCCUGAAUGAGGUCCGAAAGGCUGGCUUAUGUUUGAAUUGUCUCAAGGGAGGUCAUCAGUCGCGACAAUGUGGCUCGCGCAGUUGUCGGGUCUGUGGAGUCAAGCAUCAUACGCUUCUUCAUCUCGGCCACUCCAGCACAUCGCAGGCAGCAAUUCCGCCCCAUCAACAAUCUUCAACAUCAAGAGUACAGACCAUCCCUCAGCCCUCAGCACCAGCCACUACUCUCUUAUCCAAGGAUCGGCACAGCGAUGUUGUGCUCCUGGCUACCGCAGUGGUUCUGGCAAGGAAUCGGUUUGGCGAGCUUGUUCCUUGUCGUGCGCUUUUAGAUUCAGGCUCUCAACUACAUCUCAUUACAGCCAGAUUUGCGAAUCUCCUGCAACUUAAGAGAACAAAAUCGGUGGCAUCUGUAUGCGGCGUAGGCGACUCCAAUGUUGCCAUGGAUGGCAGCAGCAUUUGCCUCACUCUUCAAGCUCAUGCAUCUGAAUAUACAACUAGCAUAACGGCUAUGGUAGCUACAAAUAUAACUGGCAGGCAGCCCAGUUCUAAUGUGAAUACGAGCAAUUGGAGCAUACCGCAAAAUAUAGUGCUGGCAGAUCCAGCUUUCCAUAGGCCGCAACGAGUAGAUCUGCUUAUCGGAGCUAGCCUGUUUUAUGAUUUGCUCUGUGUGGGACAAAUCAAGUUGAUGCCUGGACUUCCAUUGUUACAGAAGACUCGUCUUGGUUGGGUUGUAUCAGGUGGCGAGGCUCGCAACCACAACUCCGUGCUAAUAGCUUCAAAGACGCCUUUGGAUCCGAUUACAGACUCCUGUGCUGAUAUCAAGUUGGACAGUCUCGUUCGUCGCUUUUGGGAAGUUGAGCGCUGCAGCGAUUCCAUUGUAAAGUUCAGCAAGGAAGACUCAGACUGCGAAGCGCAUUUUGCGAGGCAUUACAAUCGAUUGGCUAGUGGCCAAUAUACAGUACGCCUGCCUGUUAAGCUUAGUUGUGAGCUUCUUGGAGAUUCUUAUGAGCAAGCGCGACAUCGGUUUCUCAAUUUGGAGAAGAAAUUGAGUCAUAUUUUCUUCCUCAUCACUGCGUUCUGA